AUGGCUGAUAUACUUUCACUUGAACAGUUAGUUCAUCUUUCCUUAGGUGAUCCUGAGGCAGGUGCUGUAAAUUUCAAUGUUUUAAAAACUCUUCUUUUACAAAUGCUUAAAGCAAUGAAUUUAUUUAAUUAUAAACCAACUAUGUCUGAUCAUGAUGAACGUACAAUUAAAGAAGCUUUAUUAGCAUCAUCAUCAACAACAACAAAACCAACAAAACUUCAUAUUAAAUUUGAUCAUGAUGAAUCAAUAAGUCCAGUUGAUGAAAGUGAUGAUUUAAAUAAUGAAGUUAAAAAAAAAUUACGACGAAAAACUCGUGAUCGAAGUUCAGAUCGUCUUAAUGCAUUAGAAGAAAAAGUAACUCGUUUUGAAUCCCAAUUAAAUGCUCUUAAUCAAAUACCAUCAAAUUCUGAAUUAAUUGAUCGAGCUAAACAAAUAUCAAGAAAUAAAAUUGAUGAUACUAAUUCUUUAAAAACAACAAGUCAUCAUGGACCUAUACUUGAAAUUUGGCAAUAUACACAAAUGGAAAAACGUCUUGAAUCAGCUGAAAAUGGCAUAACACGACUUGCUUCAUUACUUCAAGAUCUUAUAUCGGAUAUGAAUGAUUUAAAAGAAUCUCAUGAAACAAUAAAACAAACAACAGAUGAACUUAAAAAACAACAAGAUGAUUUAAGAAAAAUUAUUGAUACAUUAAAUAAUGAAAAAAAUGAUUGGGCUAGAAAAUCUGAUAUUGAAAAUUUAGAUGAAAAAAUUCGUAAUUUACAAAAUUUACUUACAUCAUUACGAGAUCGUCUUGAUGAAUUAUCAAAAACAAAUAAUAAUCUUGUAUCCAUGCCUGAUUUAACAGGUUUUGUUACAUGGGAUCGGUUAGAAGAUGCACUUAAAGGUAUUCGAGAAUCACUAGAAAGGUCUUCAAACGAUGCAGCAGCUGCCUUGGCUUCAGCACGAGACAAUCGACGUCCGAUACAAGUUGUUGAGCGUCAAAGUCAAACAUCAGCUAAGCGAAAGGAUACAUCGGGAGGAGGACGACAAUCACCAUCCAGUGAAAGUAUUAGUGUACCAUCAGAUAAUCUUGCAGAACUUUUAGAACAAUUAGGAACAUUAAAUCAUCGACAUGAACAAUUAAAAGCUUUAGUUGAAGCACUUGAACGUAAAAAACUUAAUCGUGAUGAGUUUGAUACAUUUAAAAAUCAAUUUAACAAUUUAUUUGAUCGUCUUGCUGCACUUGAACGUGAUUUUGAUGAUAUUUCAUCAAAACGAACAGCUCAGACGUCUAGUCCUCUACCUGUUCGAGAAGUAAUCAGAGAAGUUCCUUCACAGCAUCGUGCAGAUUAUUCCGGUGAUAUAUCAGAUUUUCGAACAGCAUUACAACGAUUACGUGAAGAUCUUGAUCGACUUAAACAACUUGUUCAAGAUGUAAUAAAUAAAGGAAAUUUAUCUGCUCAAGAAAUUGAUGCAUUGAAAAAAUUAAUUGAACAAUUAGAUCAAACAAAAGCUGAUAAAACUACUGUUAAUAAUGAACUUGAUAAAAAAGCUGAUAAACGAGAUAUUGAUAGUCGUGUUUUGAAAAAAGAUUUCAAUUCUGCUUGUAAUGAAUUAUCACAAAAUUUAAAUGAUUAUAUGCAAAAAUUUAAUGUUCAUGAUGAUACACAACGACAAGAUUUAGAAAAAAUCAAUCAUGAUAUUGAUGGAAAACUCGAUCGAACAGAACUUGAUGCUUUACGUGAUUAUAUAGAUAAACAAUUGAAAAAAUUAAAGAAAUUGGCGCAACCCAGUCUUCCCGCAAAUCAGGGUAUGCGUCCCAUCCAGUCACCCCGACCAUACACAACUUACGAACUGGACCAAAUUCGCCAAUUUCAAAAGAGUCAGCAGUUUAGUAAUGAUUUUAGCGGCGGUGUAGCAGAUGUAUAUGCAACUGUUCGACAGUGUGGUGGUUCACACACAAUGACACUACCAUUUAAACGACAAAUAAAAAUACAACCUACAGUACCGGAAGAUACACUACUUUCGAGAAGUGAAGUUGAUAUAAAAGGACAUGAUGGUGUUAUUUACAAAGGUAGAAUUGAUGUGAGUAAUUUACCAACUGUCGAUAUGCAGAAAAAAAAUUCGGUUGUUUUACUUGCUCCUCCACCGCCGCAAAGAACACGAUCGGAUUCACAUCCGAAGUCUGCUCCUCAUCAGAUUCAUAGUGGAUCAUUUGUUAAUAACGAUCAAGAAGCAAAUGGUAUAUCACCGAUUAUUCCUAAUCUUGAACCAGCUUUACCUCGAGAAGAAAAUUUCACUUGA